AUGUAGGCCGACCAGCUGACUGAAGAGCAGAUUGCUGAAUUCAAGGAAGCCUUUUCCCUAUUUGACAAAGAUGGUGAUGGUACUAUCACAACAAAAGAACUGGGAACUGUCAUGAGGUCGCUGGGUCAAAAUCCAACAGAAGCAGAAUUGCAGGAUAUGAUCAACGAGGUAGAUGCUGAUGGUAAUGGCACUAUUGACUUUCCUGAAUUUUUAACCAUGAUGGCCAGAAAAAUGAAGGACACAGACAGCGAGGAAGAAAUCCGUGAGGCAUUCCGAGUCUUUGACAAGGAUGGCAAUGGCUAUAUCAGUGCAGCAGAGCUACGUCAUGUUAUGACAAACUUAGGAGAAAAGCUAACAGAUGAAGAAGUAGAUGAAAUGAUCAGAGAAGCAGACAUUGAUGGGGAUGGGCAAGUCAACUAUGAAGAAUUCGUACAGAUGAUGACCGCAAAGUGAAGAGACCUCCUUUACACCUUUUUUCCUCUAGAAGAAUCAAAUUGAAUCUUUUACUUACCUCUUGCAAAAAAAGUUCAUUUAUUCAUUCUGUUUCUGUAUAGCAAAACUGAAUGUCAAAAUACCUUCUGUCCACAAACUGCAUGUAAUGGUUGGUGGUUCUGUCCCCAAAAGAUCAAGUUAAACAUCAGUUUUACAAUAUAAUUAAUUGUACUACCUUGAAAAUAAAUAAAUUAAAAAAAAAAAAAGGAAGCACUUAGUGAACUCGAAAGUUCCAUUUGCUAAUGACUAUUACACUGUUUGGGCUGGCCAGUUUUUCAUGCAUGCAGCUUGACAAUUGAGCACAGUCAGACAUUUGUAUUAAAAAGAAGAAAAAAAAAA